CUCCCCUCCCCCCAGCUCCUCCUCGUCCCGCUUGCCGCCUUCCUUGCCAUCAAGAUGGCCACCUCGGGGCUCGCUUCCAUCCUGGAGGGCAUCGUCCUCUCCAGCGAUGUACAAACUCUGGUUGCCUCGAUGGAGCGCCAGUUCGCCGAGUCGCCGGACCUCUUGGCCGCUCCAGGGGCCGAGCUCUCCUGCGAGGAUGCCUCCCGCAUCCGGACCCUCUUCCGCGCGGCUCAGAUCAUCCUCCCAAAGCUCCCGGCCACUGAGCAGGCCGCCGUUUGCCGCGAUCUCCUUGUGCGCUUCGUCAUGCCGGCAUUGCUCCUUCGUCGGGCCGCCUUCGAAGCGCUGGCCCCCUUCCUGGCCCGGCUGUCCUGGGCAUUCCCCGCGCACAUGGGUCUCCCCCUGUUCCGCGCGGUGGUUGCCCUGCUGGAAAGCUACGCCAACUCGGCGCUUGACACCCUCGCCUGGCCGGCCGCCUCGGCCGGGGCCAUGGACACCGUGGCGCCCUUCCUCCAGGAGGCCAUCACCCGGUGCCUGGUUCCAGCGGCUGACCUUCUGGAGGCCACCCCGGCCCGUGCGGCGACCGCCCCCGCCGGCUGCGACGCCGAUCAAGUCCUCCGCGUGGCGUACAUGCUCAACUCCCUGGUUGUGAGCGCCCCGGCUGCCGGUGCUGCCGUCGACUCGGCCUCCGAGGCCGAUCUCCUUGACCACCUCAGCCAGACCCUCCUGCCGAUCGUUUGGGCCCUCUGCGACACCACGCACCAGCCCCUGCUCAAGUACCUGUGCCAGCACAUCAUCCCCGGGCUCCAGCGCCUCGGGACCCUGGCCCCAGCCACGGUGGUCGAUUUCUCCUGGCAAACGGUCAUCCAUCUGGCCGGCCGUGAGCAGGCCUUCACCCGCAAUGAGGCCAUCUCGCUGAUGGCCAAUUUCAUUCCCCGCUACAUUGACCUUGGCACGGUCGACGGCGACACCGGCCGGAGUGUCAUCCAGUCGGAUACCAUGCGCGAUUUGCUGACGUUUGGCCUCCUUUCCGAGGACUCGCUCGUUUCCAAGCGCAGCAUCUACCUGCUGGAUCACAUUGUCACCCAUCUCAACAAGAGCGGCGCCUUCACCCAUGAGCAGAGCCCCAACUGGAUCAGCCCUGGCACUCCCAUCUCCGAGGCCGCCGCCCUGUGGGAGCGCUUCUUCCUGGUGUUCAACACCUUCAAUGAGGCCACCCUGCACCUGAUCCUUCCCCUGCUGGCGUACCUGCCGCGGCUCAUCCAAUGCCUGCCCCGGUGCUGGUGGGAGAUCCUCCUGAAGAUGCUGCUGGAGAACCGCAACCCCUCGGUCCGCCGGAGCGCCUUCCUGCACAUCUUCCAGAUUCGGCUGUCCGCCAGCCAGGCGGUCCCCGACCAGGCCGAGUACUCCGAGGCCCUGAGCACCGAGAUGGCUGCCACCAUGUGCCCGCAGUUUGCCGCUCCGGCCAACUGGGACUUCCUCUUCGACCACAUCCUUCCGCAGCUGAAUGACGCGUACUUCCGCAACCGCGGCCUGGGGACCUUGGUGUCGCACUUCGGCGAAAUGUUCACCGACUUCCUGCUGAACUACAUGGCGGCCCAGACGGCCCCAGGCCAGCAGGCGGACUUCUCGCGCCAACUUCUCGGGGCCGCCUGUGCCAAGCACGUUCAAAGCUCGGCCGCCCUCUAUGUCAUCCGGAUGUUCUCCUCCGAUCGGCUGCCAUCGGCCGGGUCGCUGAACGCCUGGUCCGGCCAGCAGAUCCACAUGAUUGCCACGCAGCUGGCCGAUCCCUUCUACAAUACCACCCCUCGCAAGCGCAUGCUCCUGGAGUGGUAUGCCUUCCAGGCGGUGGCCCAGUGUGUCGACCCGCGGGACAUGUGCUUCGGCAUCUUCACCGACCUCCUGGCCACCAUGGAGUCGGAUGCUCUCUUUGUCGAGGGUGGCCCGGUGGCCACCAGCUUCACCCGGUGGAUGGUCAGCCAUUUCCCGGGCCUGGCCCCGGCUGACCACCUGCCCGAGGACCGCCCGCCGGUGGACCUGGACAGCAUGCGGCCCACCAACCGGGCGCCCGUGCUGCUGGAGCGCUUCUUCGCCGAGCAAAACUCCUACGCCAGCCUGCCCGCUCAUGAGAGCGCCUUCGACGACCUGUACGGCCAGCAUCGGGCCCGUGCGCGCGGCUUGGCCCGGCUCCUGGCGCUCCUCUGGUCCCCGGUGACCCACCACCAUCUGUCCAAUGCCCUGGCCCGGCAUUACACCCCGGAGGCCGUGGCUCGGCAUCCUAUUCGCGCGGCCCUGCUGGCCGCCUGUCUGCUUGGUCAGCAGCAGGGCCAGGGCCCGGUGGCCCGUGGUGUCGGGGCUCUGCUUGCGGAUCCGGUCAUUGCCCUGCUGGAGCAGCUCCUGGCCACGGACCCCGCCGGCCAGCUGCCCUUCUACCUGAACCUCGACGAGGCGGUGAUCGAGGCCACCGAGGGGGCGCUGGCCGCCCCGGGGCUGGGGCUCGGCCCACGGGUGCUGGGCAUCAUCCUGCCGCAGCUUCGCCAGCAUGCCGGGCCGAUGCUCCGUCGCCAGGCGGCCGAUCCCAGCUCGGAGGGCGAGUCGCCACUCCCGCUGCCCGAUGUCGUGGGGCCCGGCCAGGCGUCUGACUACUCCCUCGCAACCGCGGCUCGCAUCGCCGCCUGCACCCAGGCCCUCGGGGCGGCGGUGGCGGCUGCCGUCGGGGAGCAAGCCAUCCGCCCGGUGGACCUGCUGCAGUCGACCGAUGUGCCGCUGGUGGCAGCCUUGUGUGCCGGGCAUCUGCCGCGCCCAACCAACGAGCCGGCUUUGGCCGGGGAUCGCGGCGCCAUGUGGCACGUGGUGCAGAAGCGCUUCUUCACGGCCAAGUGGCGAUGCCUGGCCGGGCUGGCACCGGCCCUGGACGGCGACAUGGCCACCGUGCAUCGGCUGCUGAGUCGGUGCGCCGCCGACAUCCCGCUCAUCUAUGCCCUGGAGUCGGUGCCCCUGGUCCAGGCCCUGAGCCGCAUGCUGGAUGUCUGCCGGCAGGUGGAGCUCCAUGCUGGGGCGUCGGAGCGGACCGUGCCCGCCGAUGUUCUGGCGGAUCUGGUUCGCUCGGCCACGGUCGCCGUCCAGGAGGUCAUCAGCCAUGCCCGUCAGGCGCGGCCCCUGCUGGAGGCCUGUGCGGACCUCUGCUUCCAUCCGUACCUGCUGGCCGAUCCGGACUGUGUGGACCUGGUGUCCGACUCGAUUGACCUGUUCUUCGAGCUUGGGGAGGGCCGGGCCGGCCUGGCCAACCCCAUGGCCGACCGGCUGUUUGCCUUCUGGGCCGGCCAGCCGAAGAUGGCCAACAUGAUGACCGACCCGCCGGUGCACCCGGGUGUCAUGGCUGCCAUUCGCCAGGCCGCGGCUGCUCCCCCGGUGGCAGAGGGCCCCCUCGACACGGGGGGCCCGGCCCCGGCCCCGGCCCCGGCCCCGGAAGCCACCCUGCAAAAUAUCGACCUCUACUUCGACCACUUUGUUCGGGGCCUGCUCUUCGGCCCGACGCGCAGCCGUGGUGGGCGCAUCGAGCAUUCGACGCAGGAACUCCUGGACCAUGAGAUUCGGCUUCUGGCCCCGGGUGUGCAGGAGCGCCUGUAUGCCGCCGGGACCCUCUGGCCCAGCGUCUUCGACCGGGACUCCAUGUGCCGGGCGCGCUUCCUUUCGCUGCUGGUUCGACUGCGACCGGAGGUGGAGCAUGAGCGCGCCUUUGCCGAGCGCCUGGCCGCUCGACUGCUGGAGCACAACUCCCCGCCACUCGGAUCGGCCACGCGCUACUUCGACAAUACCCCGGUUCACCGGCAUAAGAUUCGCCUCUGGCAGGCCACCCUGGUUCUGCUGGAUCUGGUCACAGCCGAGCCGGUGGCUCGGGACAUUUGCUCCCAGCUGACGACCAUUCUCUCCAAGUUCGAGAACAGCAUGGGCGUCCGGAACCUCAUCGAGUGGGGCUUCAUCCGCCUGCUCCGCCGCUUCCCCGGCAUGAUUGAGGAGUUUGUGUGCAGCCUCUACAUGGACUACGCCGCGCGCCCGCAGCAGGUGUGCUCCAUGUCGAAGGUGCUCUUCCAGUCGUGUCGCCUGGCCGCGCACUCCCUGCCGGCUGACGAGCACCUGGCCCUCAUGGUCCGCGCCAUCUCCGUCAUGACCCCCUGGCAGGUGUCCAACAACUAUAGCAUCCGCUUUGUGGCUGUGCACACUCUGCAACAGCUUUACGCUCUGGCUCUGUCACUUGGCUAUGAGAAGGCCUCCCUUCCGGCCGAUCCCUUCGCCCAUUUCACCUACAACAACCCGGAAAUCGAGAAGCAUGUGGCCAAGCUGCUGGAGGACUACUUCUAUGGCGAGUUCGAUGCCCAGCGGGACUUUACCCUGGACUUCAUCUUCAAUCGCUUCAUCUUCCUGAUUGGCACGGCCCCGGAUGAGUCCAUCUCUGGCGCCUCCUUCUGGAUCAUCGACCCCCGGCCAACAACCACCGUGGCGUCCAUCUUCGGGGAGGAUUCCUGCACGCCGCUGCCGGUCCUGCGCGGCUUCGGUGGCGAUGCGCCAGAUCAGGCCUUCGAGGAUGCGGCACAGGUGGCUCCAGCGGCCGGCGGGGCGGCCGACCUCGGCACCAACUUCCAGCGUAAGACCAUGGCCCCGUGGGAGUUGAUGCUGGCGGCCGAUGUGGACCAGGCGCCGAUUCUCUCCCCGACGCCGACCACCCACCGUGUCACUCGGGAUCUCAUUGUCAUUGCAUCCCUGGUUGACAAGGCCCCGAACCUGGGCGGGCUCAGCCGGACAUGCGAAAUCUUCGGCGUUCGCCUGCUGGUGGUCCGGGACAUUCGCGUUCGCUCGCAGGCGGUCUUCCGCUCGGUGAGCAUGAACUCCCAAAGCUGGCAGCCGAUGCGCGAGUGCGCCGAGGAGGACCUGGCCACCUACCUGGCUGAGCUCCGUACCGAGGGCUAUUCCCUGGUGGGUCUCGAACAGACGGCCGACAGUGUCAUUCUCGGCCGGCAGACUCUGGCCGGGCUUCCCUCCAAGCGCAUUGCCCUGCUUCUGGGCCGCGAAAGCGACGGCAUCCCCCAGCACCUGAUCCCGAUGUUGGACACUUGCCUGGAGAUCCCGCAGGUCGGCAUGACUCGCUCUUUGAAUGUGCAUGUCAGCGGCGCGAUCGCCAUUUGGGAGAUCACCCUGAAUAACUACAUCUCCACUCUGGCCGCUGCGGACAUCAUGGACGAUGAGGAUACCAACGCCACCAUCGGCACGGUCGCCAGUGAUGAUUGAGACGCACCUGCUGCCUUCUGUUCUCCGUGAGCCAUGUCUGCCUGGCCAUCAGGCAGACCUGCCCUGUCCUCCGCUGUGACAAAACAACACCCCCUCUCGCCGGGCAUUGACGAUCCCCAAUGAGGGCAGGCGAGAGGGAUGACACAAAUAAAGACCCCCCCUCAGGCCCGGCGUG